UCAUGCAUAAGGUGUGGGAGGGGGUUGGCAAAUACUAAAACAUGAUGAAGCUUAGUACAAAGAUAAACAAAUAGCUCUUAUAAGUAAUAACUGUGACUAAACUCAAGCAGUAUACAACUCAUAGACAAGUCAUGUACAUUCUAUAUAUAGGAACUGUAGAUAUGAGGAACCGACAAGUGUACAACCAAAAAGCUAUCUAGCAAUUUACACAGGCUGGAGGAGAAAGUUCAAAAUCCAUGCUCAUUUAUCUCAUGUAUUAACCACUCAAAAUCUCUGUUCCCUGAUCUCAUCUCAUAAUUGCAGUAGUCCUUAAGCACAGUUGUGAGGGCUGCUUGUGUUUCUGCCUUACUCUCAAGAUGGUGGAUUGCAAGUUUAUAUUGACUCGUAUUCUCUUCAUCUCCUGCUGUUUUCUGACUGUAUAUUGCGCACAACCCAGUUGUACAUCUGUGACUGACUUUGAUGACUGUCCAGGGAAUAUAACAGAUUUCUGUCCAGCGAAUAGUGUUUGUGCAUGUAAAGAUGGAAAGCCUUUUUGCAAAUGUCCAAAUUUCAGAGGUCAGUGGGGAAAUUACUGGUACAUGGGAGUCAAAUGUGACCAACUAUGGAACACACUGGACCUGAUUUUAGUAGCAGCAUUGCCUGGAAUAGGACUGGCUUUACUAGUUGGUGUAACAAUCCAGACUAUCCACUACUGUAAAAAGAGGUCAAAGAAGGAUACAAAUGACCACCGAGAACAGAGGAGUUUAUCAGGACUCCAACCUCAACAUAAUUCUGCUCAUGCUUUCCAUACUGCUAUGAGACCUCAACCUGAACAAGGCCAGAAUCCCUGGAGCCCAUCCUUUCACAGUGUCCUUCCUAGAAGUCCUGUAUCUCCACCACAGCAGUCCUCUGGAAGAAAUUACAACAUGACUCAUGAGCCCAAAGAAGACAGUGCUUAUAUCUAUCCAUCUUAUAACUGGGAUGGCUCUCUGGGAACAGCUAAACCUGAAGGAAGUUAUGGAGACAAGUAUUCUUUGACCAUGCACAUGAAGCCACUUUUCAAUAUGUCCACACCAGGCAUUCCAAAGUCAAGCUACAUUCAAAGAGAGAGACAACAAACUGGAUACCCAGGUUCUGAAGAGCCAGAAAUUCCUUAUAGGAUAGGACGUGUGCAGAUGAAACCCAACUAUUAAAAGUUUUCUGCAGAAGAAAAAUUUAUAUAUAUAUAUAUAUAUAUAUAUAUAUAUAUAUAUAUAUAUAUAAUCACCUAAUCAUUUUAAAAGCAUAUUUGGAAUAUUUUUAGAAAACUAUGGGUAUGAUUUACCUAUGCUAUAAAUUAUAUUUUACCUUUCUUUCCAUAUUAAUGCCAUCAAUUCUUAUAUCUUUAUAUUUUUAACUUUUAUUUUCCCCAAUCUCUCUCUAGGACUGCAACGCAAAACUUUCAUUUCCAACAUCCAACUUCAUUAACUCAGCAGGGAUAGCAAAUACGUGUUAUCUCCAAAAUUCAGCAUAACACUUGUUGAUUGAUUUAUGACAUGUAUCUUUAUAAUGUACUCAAUGAUAUGCAGAGAAGGUUGGCUGCAAAUUGGUAAUAGGGAAUAUUAAAUAGUUUUUAGUUACUGGAUAUAUCUAUGGAAUUGCACUAAAGCAUCAGCAUAUAAAUAAUGAAUUUUAUUUGAAAUGUGUGAUUUGAUUAUGAAUUAAUUCCUUAAAAUAAACUAAGAAUUGCUAGAUGA